UAUUUUUUGCCCGUAGCUAAGAAAUUACCACCAUUCAGACCAACAAAAAAAACCAAAUGUGGACAUAGACUUACAAUCUCUUACGUUUAAAUGCCGUAUUAAUUGUUAAGUAACUUAUUCGUCAAUCCUAUAUAUUUAGUGAAGAAAAAAAUAUCCAUGUAUUUCAAGUAUGUACGCCACAUCAUAUGACAUCAUCGACUGGAAGUCAUGCGAAAGUUACUCACAAUCAGCCUCUGCGCAGGUUUCCAGAGACAUCGCCUCUGGCACGGAGAUCAUCUUUCCAAAGUUAUUUCAUGAACGACGGGAGAACAGUGAGACGAGUAUCGUCUCUUCGAAUCCCGAUUUCGAACUACCGGAUGGUCCGUUGAAGUUUUACAAUUCGGAAUAUCAUGCAGAUUCUAUGGAUCAGCAAUCGGUUUAUCAGAAAGUAGCGAACUGGGUUCUAACGCAACGCAACUAUUUUCGUAAUGUGGAACAGCAAGUGAGAGAUGAUGAUAUCGAAGUGAUCGAUCCUGUUGAUUUGUUUCAUGAGUCGAUUCUCAAUGAUUAUCAGGUUAUAACAGAAAACGAAUUGGAACGUCGGGUACUGCUUCGUGAUUUCGAAACGCAUCGCUACCAUAUCGAGUCAAUCGAGCAAGCUAUGUUGAUAAACGAUUAUCGAUUCUUACGGCAGCCGAAAGGUAAUAUUGAAUUAGAGCUGACACCGAUAAUAGAAUUUCAUACACUUUAUAAAAACGAAACUGCGCAUAGAAAAAGAAGAAAUUCGUCAUCCUCUUCGGCAUCGUCAUACGUCGAGCAAGGCGAGGAACAGAUAAAAUUUCUCGGAGUACCAAGGUUGCUGGAGAAUUACGUCAUCUUAAAUCGUGAAGGUUACGUUGUCACUAACAAUCCCGACAGAGACAUCUGGUUAGAACCUUUAAAUGAAUUCGAAGCUGUCGACGAACCAGUAGACGAGGAUGAACUUGAUAUGGACUUUAUCUCUUCAUGGUUUUCGGACGUGUAUCAAACGGAUUUGAACACUGACGAAGUAAGAACUCUAGUGACUGUCAACACAGACAUUUUAGAGAAAGUAACAGUUAUUUCAGUGAGCAAUGUCAGUGAUGAAGAUGUUUGGGUUGAUGCGCCAGACAUUCCACACUGGUUGGAUGAGGAUUAUGAGGAACUCGAGUUGUUUAAUCAACCAAGUAGGCCUUUAUACUAUUAUCGUGAUCGCAUUAAGGGUUGUUAUAGGAUAGUUGGCGUGGAAGAUGAAACGGUGGUGUUGUUUUCCGGCAAUGAUGACGACAGUAUAUUUUAUCCUGGGGAAUGUGGGAAUUGGGAUGAGAAUCAACAGAGUGAAGAAGACAGACUCGGUCGGUUCGUGAGAACUGAUUCUGAUAGGAAGAACGAUUCUGGUAUAGAGGACGAUAUUGUGACAGAAGACAUCGCUAUAGCCUCUUUAUCGUUAUCUAAAAAACGAGACAGGAAUCUGGACCAUAAAACUGCUUUAAGAGUAAACAAACGCGUGACAUUUAGUAAAGAUAUGACGGAGAACUCAAAGCACGUAAACGCAAAAUCUUUGAUCGAAAUUUUGUGGUUAGUACUUGGAUGUGUGUUUAUAUUGACGGCAGCCAUGUUGAUUCAAUACACACUGAAUGAAAGAGGGAAUGACUGGUGGUUUAAACAAAAAAAAUGAUGCAAAAAUCUUUUGUAAAGAACUAUGGUUUGUAAAGCAAAUAGUUGCUUUUGUUAAGUUUAAAUACUUUUAUUUAUUUAUUUUAUGCUUAUCUUGUUUUGUUUGUUUAAAACCGAUAUCGUUUCUCUUCAUUCAUCAAAUUUAUGUUUGAUUUUUUUUUAAUAAUAAGAUAUUUUUUUAAUAACAAUACUUAAACAGCAGUGAUUUUAAUCUUCAAGAAUACUGUUGGCAUCACACUGCAUUUACUCGUCAUUGUGUACCCUAAGCUUGCUGUAUACCGAACCAUCCAAAUUUUUUAUCAUUCUUUAUUUUUAUUAUUAUUUUUCAUGUGAUACUAAGAUUGUAAAUAUGAUAAAUAAAAAUAUUUAUAGCUAUUAGAAUUUAUUUUAUUGACACUAAGAAAUAUUUUCAAUAAAUUAUAUUUUCAAAAAAUAUUCUUCAACUUCAUUCGAAAA